AUGAAGGCUUUAGUCCUUCUCCUGGCCUGUCUUGGGUUCGUGGGAGUCCAGGGGUUUCCUGUGAGCGAUGUGGAAGACAGGGAAGCGGCCAAAGCCAUCGGAGGGAUGGCGAACGUGCUCGCGAAUCUCUUCGAUCGUUUUCCCUUUGCCCCUCCGAUCGAAGAUCUUGAAGAAGUCGAGCCUGAAGAAAAGAAGGAGGUCGAUGAAACCAAGGAGCCUCUUGACGAAAAUGACAGCAAACCUGCUCAAGAGGAAAAGGAGGAACCCAAUUUCGAUGACAUGUUUGCUAAGAGUGCCCUGGGUAUGAUGAAGGGGAUGGAGAACAUGAUGAAGGGGUUCCAACCCAUGAUGUCAGAUAUGAUGAAGGAUUUUGAUGAUAUGCCCAGUAUGGGAGACAUGAUGAAAGACCUGCCCAUGAUGGGAGAAAUUGACAUCAACCUGGACAAGGAAGAUCCUGACUUCAGCAAGGAGACUACUGAGUCCAAGAAGGUUGCUGGUGACACCAUUGUCACCCACAAGAAGGAGUCCAAGCACACCGAUAAGGAUGGCAGUGUGAGUUACGUCAGCGAGGUGGAUAAGAAACAGGGCGGGGGUCACAGCUACAGUGUCGUGAAGGUCUACGAGAACAACAAGGACUUCCAGGACCUGUUCGGACCUGACGCCGUGCCAUCGCCGACUCCGAUGCCUGAGCUCCCAGAAGACGAGGCAGUUCCUGAGGAGGAUAUCCCUGAGGACCCCCUCCCUGACACCGAGGGGGACACCACAGCUGAAGAGGAUGAACUGGACCCUGCCUUGUUCGGCCCUGAUGCCAUCCCAUCGCCCACUCCUAUGCCUGGUCUCCCCAUGGAGGAAGAAAUCGCCAACAGCAUCCAGGAGAACCCAGAUGAUGGCCAUGAUGAUGAUGAUGAGCCUGCAGCUGAGGAGGAGGAACAGCUCAACAGGGCACUCUUCUUCGAGCCAGCCGACGAUGAAGCUCGCAAGUCCAUGUUCGACCUGAUUUAAACAGAUUCUCCAUUCUUUGUACUGCAAAAAUUUCUCAGUGAAGCUUUUAGAAAAGUUUAUUUUCCAAAUUUAGGAAAGGAAUCAUUGUCUCUGCUAGAAAACAAUUAAACAGAUUCUCCAUUCUUUUAUAAUAUACUGCACAAAUUUCUCAGUGAAGCUCUUAGGAAUUUUUUUUUCAAAGGAAAGGAAUUAUUGUCUCUGCUAGAAAACUAUUCAACAGAUUCUCCAUUCUUUAUACUGCAAAGAUUUCUCAGUAAAGCUCUUAGAAAUGCUUAUUUUCUAAAGGAAAGGAAUUAUUGUCUGUGCUAGAAAAGUAUUAAACAGAUUCUCCAUUCUUUAUACUGCAAAAAUUUCUC